GAGGCCGAAGUUCGAUCUCCCGCGAUGAUGGCUUCAUUUGGAAUGCCAGGCCGUGUGCCGGACUCCGAGGACGAAGCGCUCCGAGACGCUGCGGCUGGAGAAAACUCGAGCAGCGCGCUGCAGAAGAGAUGGUGCAGCGGCAUGAAACGCAAUAGUGAGAUGAUCGUGCAGGAGCUUUCAGCCGAGAAGGACUCGGAGGUGACCUUCGACGAAGUCGUCACGGCGCGGAAGGAGAGGAGUCAGCAGUACAAGCGGAAACAGAUGCGUUUCCUGCUACUCCCGGGCUCACGGGAGCUGAACUUUUGGCGAGCCUCAAUGGUGGUUGUGGUCUUGCUUGCAGUUGUUCUGGCACCGCUGGAAAUGGCCUUCAGCUACUCUCGGACCAUUUCAUCCUUGACCUGGUUGUAUCGCUUGAUUGACAUCCUCUUCAUCUUGGAUAUGAUCAUCACCUUCAAUGUGGCCACCACCUCACAUGGGAGGUUGGAAACGAAAAGGAAGACGCUGGCAAUGAACUAUGCGCGGACGUGGUUGGUGCCCGAUUUUUUCAUCAACUUUCCCUGGGACCUGGUCUUGCAGGGACCAGGGAAGACACGAAAGAUCGCGAAGAUUCUGAAGUUGCCCAAGGUCUUCCGUGUCACAAGGUUGCUGCGAGCUGCGGGUGAAGAGGCUCACUACUUCGGCACAGCUGCCAACAUUUGUGGGAUUCUACUGAUGGGUCACUAUCUCUCGUGCAUUUGGGUAAUGCUCUUGAUCGACUGCACCAUCGAGCUGGACGCGCAACAACUAUGCCCCGAUAUGCUAACGGCGUAUCUGCAGGGUCUCUCAGUGGGCUUGGCCACUCUCGGAGGCUCCGACGGAUGGAUGCGAUUUAUUCUUCCCGUGGAAAACGAGGCGAACUCGGUGAACUCGGUGAACUUUGAAUGGCCGGCCCAGUAUGGAGCCCUCACGGACCUGACGGCAGCCUUGAGCUGUUUGAUGGGCUUCGUUUUGCUGGGUAUGCUCUUCAGCAACUUGGCUCAUGCCAUGGACCGGCGCCAUUCGCACACGCGUUUGUUCCACGCGCGUGUGGCGAAUCUACAAGCGGCGGCCAAUCAGCAUCAGAUCCCUAAGGAGCUCUAUAGUCGGAUUAAACGGCACUACUACUAUGUGUGGAGCUGCGGUUCGGACACCUCCAAAGCCAUCUUAGCCGAUGCCACGCUUUCCUUAGACCUCAGGAGAGAACUCGCAUAUUGCUUCUACGGCGAUAUCUUGAAGCAGGUGCCCUUUUUGGAGAUGGUGGAUAAACACUUCCUUCAGCAGUUGUGUGAAUUUGUGGAGAUCGAGAUUUUCGCAGCGCAGGACAGGAUCAUCUGCGCGGGAGAUGUUGGAACAGAGCUGUACUUCGUGGCAGUCGGGGAAGUUGAAGUGGUGCUACCUCAACCGAAACAUGAGAAGGGCCCGGUGAUCAAAAUCCUUCAUGAAGGUUCGUUCUUCGGUGAGCUUGGACUUCUUUUUCCAGACUCCAAGCACAAGGUGGAUGUCUAUGGUGCAACAGCUGGGUGGUUGUUAGUGGUACCUCGCGGUACUUUGGAGACCUUAUGUACCGAAGAGUUGCUGGAGACUUUUAGGUUUGUGGCAUUGGAGCGCAUUCGAAAGCCUGGCUGGGUGGAUCAGGCAGACGUCAGCAUCCGAAGCACCGGAAGCACGUCGCAGGAAAGCGGAAGCGACUUGGAAGGAAUCCCAACUUGGGACUUAAAAGGCUAUCCAGUCGUUGGUGCGUGA